CGUCUGCCACUAUCCCCGCCCCAAUACGGAAGCGGUGGUGUACUAAGGACCCGAUAGCCGGUGGGGUCCAGGCCAUGGGGCAGCCCUGGGCGGCGGGGAGCGCGGAGGGGGCGCCCGCGCGGCUGCCCCUCGUGCUCACUGCGCUGUGGGCCACGGCUGUGGGCUUGGAGCUGGCCUAUGUGCUAGUUCUGGGUCCCGGGCCACCCCCGCUGGGACCCCUGGCUCGGGCCUUGCAGCUAGUGCUGGCCGCCUUCCAGCUGCUCAACCUGCUGGGCAACGUGGGGCUCUUCCUGCGCUCCGAUCCCAGCAUCCGGGGCGUGAUGCUGGCCGGCCGCGGUCUGGGCCAGGGCUGGGCUUACUGCUACCAGUGCCAAAGCCAGGUGCCACCACGCAGUGGGCAUUGCUCCGCCUGCCGCGUCUGCAUCCUUCGUCGGGAUCACCACUGUCGCCUGCUGGGCCGCUGCGUGGGAUUCCGCAACUACCGGCCCUUCCUGUGCCUGUUGCUUCAUGCUGCGGGCGUCCUGCUCCAUGUCUCUGUGCUGCUGGGUCCCGCCCUGUCGGCCCUCCUGCGAGCCCAUGCACCCCUCCACAUCGCGGCCCUCCUCCUGCUGCCCUGGCUCAUGCUGCUCACAGGCAGAGUGUCUCUGGCGCAGUUUGCCUUGGCCUUUGUGACCGACACGUGUGUGGCAGGUGCACUGUUGUGCGGGGCUGGGCUGCUCUUCCAUGGGAUGCUGUUGCUGCGGGGCCAGACCACGUGGGAGUGGGCUCGGGGCCAGCACUCUUAUGAUCUGGGCCCUUGCCACAACCUGCAGGCGGCCCUGGGGCCCCGCUGGGUCCUCGUCUGGCUCUGGCCCUUCCUGGCCUCCCCCUUGCCCGGAGACGGGAUCACCUUCCAGACUGCAGCUGAUGUGGGCCUCACAGCCUCCUGACUCCAGGAAGAGCCAGAGCUGCUCGGGGAGAGGGGAGCAGGAGAGGGGGCUCCUAACUCAUCUCCGGCCCAUCCCUAACCUCAGGAGGGGAGGUGCACUGGUGCUUAAAAAUGCCUUUCGGCAACUCCAGUCCCAUCCUUGGCCUUGCCCCUGCCCGGCUUGGACUCCAGUGUCCAGGGCUUGGGCCCUGCAGCUCUGCCUCAUUGGCCCUCUAGCAGAGUGGCAGGUUUGGCAAGGGGCUGCUUGGCCAGCCUAAUCACCCCUUUGCCAAGUUAAUAAAGCACCCACUUGGUUCUUGGACUCCCUCCAUCUUUCUAAGUUUCUGGUUCCUCUCACUGUCAGGCCUGGGACCCACAGAAUGCCUGAGGGCAUGAGGGGCCAGGGCUCUGCCUCCUGUGGCCUUGGUGGGGGCCAGAGCUGGGGCACAGCAGGCCAGGGCUGCAUGUAGGGAUCCAGGGAAAGAGAAUGCAACAUUCUUUCCCUGGUUCAGGACUUUAUAAUUAGAAGCAUCUCCACAACACUCACUGUGCCUCUUGGGCUAAUCUGGUACCAGAGGCAGCAAUUAUGAGAGUUGAUGGGAUGAGAUCAUGGGGCAGUGAAUGGAGGAGUCAGGAUUUGAACCCAGAUAUUUGUGCUUUCUCCUUCGUCCUUACACGGCUGAGGAAAGUGUGUAGGCAGAACUGAGGCAGAGAAAUCAGGUGGAGAUGUUAAAGCAUCUGAAGGAUGAUGCUCAGAAGGCCAAGCUCUUCCUCUCUGGACUCUCUGGAGCUACCUGUUAAACAUUUUUAUUUAAAUAUAGUAAAUAGACUUCCUGUUAAAUGUGGCAGGUUUAAACACAUGGGUUUACCUCUGUUUCCUCUUAAAAUCUAAAAUGAGAGUAAAGAAAUAAAACAGGUAUAAAUUUACAAGGAAAGAGAAAGUAGGAGGGAGACAGUACUAGACCAAAGGACCUGAUGAUGUUUUGAAACAUGGGAAAUGGAUGGAGGCUCAUUAACUCUCUUAGCAGAGAAUUAGAAAUUAAAUGUUCCUAGAGGGAGGGGCCAAGAAGCAGCCAAAUUGUCCCCCAGAGCCCUGGAGGCUCAGGAACUCUCCUGGCACCAUGAAAGGCAAGGUUUGGGACGGACAGUAGGGGGACUGAUCCAAAGGGCAGCUGGGUUGCCCUCCUCCCAGGGCACUCCCUACCCCUGGCAGCCAAGCAGCUAUCCUUCUAAGGUAGAGAUGGGUGCUAUUCGAAGAAGCU